CCUACCCGUUUAUUCGGAGCGUCUCCGUCAACUAAUCGAACCACCCACCUAACCUAACUAGGGUUUUUGUUGUCAUGGAACAACCUGCAUCUUCUCCCAACACAACGCCACGUGGCUCUCCUCGGUCUAAGGAUCCCCAAAUGGAUGUGCAUCUUCCGGUGACCGAACCCGACCCCUCUUCUUCCUCCGUUUGGGACUGGGGCGAUCUCCUGGACUUCACCUUAGACGAUCACUUCUCUAUCUCCCUUGACGACGGUAACAUGUAUACUCCUCCGUUUGAAGCGUCUCCUUCAGUUCCGGAUCCGGAACCAGUGUCCGGACCCGAUCGUGUCAGGAAGCGGGACCCGAGGAUGACUUGUUCGAAUUUUCUAACUGGUCGAGUGCCUUGCGCUUGCCCCGAGAUUGACGAGCAAAUGGAGAAGCUUGAAGAAGAAGAGGCGGGGGCUCCGGGAAAGAAGCGAGCCCGAACUGGACGGGUCGGGUCAGGGACGUCUCGGUGCCAAGUUCCGGGUUGCGAAGUGGAUAUUACUGAACUUAAAGGUUACCAUAGAAGGCAUCGAGUUUGUCUCCAGUGUGCGAACUCGAGCACCGUUUUGAUCAAUGGUGAAAGCAAGAGAUAUUGCCAACAGUGUGGCAAGUUUCACCUGUUGUCGGAUUUUGAUGAAGGUAAAAGAAGUUGUCGAAGGAAACUAGAGCGUCAUAACAAUAGGCGGCGAAGGAAGCCUGUUGGUUCUAAGACUGAAGUCAACAAAGAAUCUCUAGGGGCUGUGCAAAGUGAAGACAUUGCUUGUGAUGGUGAAGCAGGAAAAGAUGAUUUAAGCUUGAGUGGCCAGACAGCUGAAGACCCUCCCUUUGAGUCUGAGGAUGGGCUUGUUUCUGCAGAUUGCUCAGCUCCCAUGUUGCAGACUGUUAAUAAUGAUAGCACUGUAGCUCUUAUUGACACUGGAACUGAUGGAGGGAAAGAGGACUUGAAGUUUUCCAUUUCUACUUCUUACCAUGACAAUAGGACUGCUUACUCAUCCAUGUGCCCUACAGGCAGGAUCUCAUUCAAGCUUUAUGAUUGGAAUCCGGCAGAAUUCCCACGAAGACUUCGGCACCAAAUUUUUCAAUGGUUGGCUGAUAUGCCUGUUGAGUUGGAAGGCUACAUCCGCCCUGGUUGCACAAUCUUGACUGUGUUUAUUUCAAUGCCAAAGAAUAUGUGGAUGAAGUUAUCUGAAAAUCCAAUGACCUACAUGCAUGACUUUGUCUUUACACCUGGAAGGAUGCUGCAUGGGAGAGGCCUCAUGACUAUUCAUCUUAACAACAUGAUUUUCCGUGCCAGUAAAGGUGGAAGUUCUUUGGUGAAACUUGACAUGGGGGUGCAGGCCCCAAGACUUCAUUAUGUUCAUCCUUCAUGUUUUGAGGCUGGCAAGCCAAUGGAGUUUGUUGCUUGUGGAAGUAAUUUGCUGCAGCCCAAACUUCAGUUUCUAGUAUCUUUUGCUGGAAGGUAUCUACCGUAUGAUUAUUGUCUUGCUUCCGCACAUGUCAAUGCUACAGAGGGUUCUUCUAGUUGUGAUCAUCUAUUAUACAAAAUAUACGUCCCUCAAACUGAAUCAGAUCUCUUUGGCCCCGUAUUCAUUGAGGUUGAGAAUCAGUCUGGAUUAUCAAAUUUUAUUCCCGUCCUAAUUGGGGACAAGGACGUUUGUUCUGAGAUGAAGGUGAUACAGCAGGGAUUUGAUGCCUCUCUUUUUUGGGGAGGAUCACAGAUUUCUGCCAAUAGGUCGUCAUGUGAAACAUCAACUUGGCGACAAAAAGCAUAUUCUGAACUUGUUUUAGAUAUAGCAUGGUUAUUGAGGGAGCCUAAAUCGGAGAAUUUUCAAGAAACUAUGGCCUCUUCUCAAAUUCAGAGAUUCAAUUGUUUAUUGAAUUUUCUCAUACAAAACAAAUCAACUGUCAUUUUGAAGAAAGUCUUACAAAAUCUUAAGAAUGUGGUGGAGGAGGCUGGGUUUAAUGGAACCGAUGAUCCUGAUACAAGGUUAUUAAAGAAGUAUAUGGAUUACGGUAGAGAUAUCCUUAAUAACAAGCUUCAAGAAGGUGAAAGGCCGGUGCUUCUUUCAGAGUACAUCGAGCAAGAAGGAAAAUGGAAUUCUCAGAGCAGCUUAAAAAAUGAUGGCCUAUUUGUCCCAAAUGGUUCUCAGGACUUGGGGGAAAGGACUAAUGCUAAAUUCCAAACAAUGAUGGCAUCAACUACUUUGACUCGAAGUGAGACUGUUCCGCUUUUAAACAAAGAAAUUGUUAUGAAUGUGAACCUUAGCAAGGAGCUCCCGAGAAAAUCGUGUAGUACCAUUUUUGCCACCACAACGUUGAGAUCUUGUCCCGCCUUAUUUGUAGUUGCUACUGCUGCUAUUUGCUUGGGGAUCUGUGCAGUCUUUCUCCACCCUAACAAGGUUGGUGAGUUUGCAGUAACGAUACGCAGGUGUUUGUCGAAACGGUCUUACAUUAUCGAAUGAGGUCUCGAACAAAAUUGAGUUAUGCACAGAUCUCAUAUGUAAAUACUUGAAUGUAUGUUCUUGAUCCGAUGACAUAAGUCUGUCCGAAAGCUUCAGUGUUGUCAUUUUGCUCCUCGACACAUGCUACCUGGAUUCAGAGUAUCAGGUACAGGUAUCUGCCCGUCAGGGAUAGAUAUAUUUAGAGAAUCAGAGUUCAGGUAACGUUGUCAUGUGUCCGGCAAAAUGGGGCAUCUGGAAGCAUGAAGGUUGUUGAAUGUAAUAUGAAUGAGGGUAAUAUUUGAUAUAACAUUGUAAAAUCUUAAAAUUUACCAUUGCUAAGCAGUUUUGGGUGUUUGCUA